CUUCUAGGCUGGUUCCGGUCAAAACGCAAAUAAACAAAAAUCGCAAUACAGUCCGGGAACGUCGGUGCGCGCGGUUCUCAGUACGUUCGUGUUGUUCUUACUUGUUGAAAAAAGCUUAUUACCUAACAGGGUUUUCGCAAUAAUUAGUUUAACAGACUACUAAACGUCAAAAAAACAAAUCAUGAGUGGUAAAAUGUUUUCGACCAAUCAUUCGAAAACACCAGAAUCUAGAAUACCAGUACCAUCGUCUCCUGUACCAUUUCGCAGGCACAACAGUUUAAGACUGAAAGGUGAGGUAGGAACCACUCCUUACGUCACUCUUUCCAAAAGCAAACAAGGACAUGACAGUGUAGAUAAUGUAUCAAUCCAGGAACGCGGAAGACACGUCUCAGUAGUUCCUCCUGCUGCUGCUAGACCCUCGAGGGCAGCACCAGCGCCGUCACCAAACAACGAUGAAAGUCGGCAGUCCGCCAACAACCCCCGUUUGCUGCGACGGGGCCGCUCCUUCAUGGAGAGGGGUGAAAGUCGUGACGGUGGCAAAUCCACCCCGAUGCAUCAUCGACCCGCAUCGGUGAAAAUCACCACCAAGCCGCCGACAGGAUUGGGCAAGGUGACGCUGAAUUCGCCACAAUCGCCAGGAAGGAUCAGGAGUUUGUCGCUGUCGCUGUCUAGUUCGCGAUUGUCUAGUCCGAAGUCGCCAUCUGCAGGAAUAAGCAAUCCGGUAUCGCCAGCAAAAAACCAUUCGGCUAGUCAUUUGGAUUCUUGGGAGACGGACAGCAUUACCAGUAUAGGUAGCAGCGUGGCUUCCUGUGAUCAUGCCAGCGUCGCCAGAAAUGGUACCACUUUCUCGGGAAGGAGUAUGAAGUAUGUUUUUCAUUGCAAUCAACAUUCGGGAGUGGCAGGAGAUGAUUACCUAACACCAACACAGAGGGCGCAUAGGCAGGUCAAAAAAUUAAAACACCUAUUACAUCAAGCCAAGAAAGAUCUCGAGCAAAAAGAUAGUGAUAUAUUGAAAUUAACCAAAGAAGUAGUGGAAUUAAGACUUUAUAAAGCUGCACUUAGCUCACCUGAAGACAAAUCAAACAGUAGUGAUGCUGUAACAGUCAGGGAAAACGCAAGCGAAGAGACCACUCCUGAUGGCGAUGUUGCUGAUUUGCGUACUCACCUUGUACCUGUCGAAUUAAACAGUUCCUUUGCUGAUUCCGGCCAUUUUGAUGACGGUACCAACUCUUCCAUUCACUCCAACGAUGACUAUACAAGAUCUCCAUAUAAGUCAAAAAUCGAAAUGUCCGAUAAAUCGUGUUCCGUUCAUAUGCAAGAGAAAAACUCGGAGCAAAGCAAGCUCAUCAUCGAAUACGAAAAGAGAAUUCAAGAACUGAUACGGGCUCACGAGGAAGAAACAUAUCAUUUGAAGCAGAAGCAUAAUGACAAGGUUGAAGAGCUGUUGCUGAGGAUAACUGAAAUUAAUGCAAGAUAUUGGGAACUGGUCCCCGAAUUGGAUGCCGCCAAAGAAAAAAUUAAAGAACUUGAAUCGCAACUAGAACAGGCUAGCAAGAAAUUAGAAGAGCAAGAAAGUCAUGCAAAACAAACAUAUUUGAAGAUGUACUCGCAAGGUCAAGCUGCAGCUCGAAUGGAGCAAGAAAACGCUGUUAUGGAAAUUGCCAGGCAGCAUCCUAACAGAGUUUCCGUUCCUGAAUUAUUAAACGAACUUCAGGUGACAAAAAACGAAUUAGAAAAUAUAAAGGACGUAGAGUACGCGUCAACUUCUAACCACUCGCAACCAUUAUUGAGCGCCAAAGAGGCGCUGUCGCUUUGGGUACUCGGUGCACGAAAGGCUAUGUAUCGCCAACUGAUGGAAGCCAAGAGCAAGAACAAGAUCGAUCCCGAGAUCACUCUGCAGUUUCUCAGAUCAGCUAUUUACUAUUUUCUAACUGAUAAGGAGAACAAUCAAGGCCACUUGAAGGCCAUCCAGAGCAUUUUGGGAUUCACCGAGACGGAGAUAGCGAACAUAGAUAAAGCUAGACUGUCUUAACUUUUCUAUAGAUUUAGAAACAUAAUGAAUUUUAUAUACGUCACUCGUAUUUUGAUGAAAGAGAGAUUACUAGAAUAUUUAAACGAGCUUGCGUCAAAGAUAUGUGCCUAAUAUAAGAAAAAAAA